AUAACCUAAGAAAAAAAAUAAGUGCAUUGGAAGAGGCUGAAGUCGACUUUGAUGAAGAUGAAAAUUCUUCCUAUAUAAAAAUGCAAAGAAGUAUAAAAUAUGGUCAGUAAAAAGAAUAGUGAGUAAGAAAGUAACCAGGACAAGCAAUGAAACUGUACAUACUUGCAUGGGAUGGAUAUCUGAAAUGGUGCAUCCUACGAUUGGUAUCAAAUUUAUAAAACAAACUCAGUUAUCGAGUAGGUGGUGAAGAUACCUGAAUGAAUUUCUUUCUGUGACACGAACUGGAAGGGCGAAUGUCUCGAUUGAUAUACGCACCCCACACUUCACUGAAAUUUUAGUAUAUUGUGCAGUUCACUAUGCUGAUUAAAAAGGUGUCCGUCCAAUUGUUUCCGUGGAAUAACAGUCCCAGUUUGGAGACCACUUUAAAAAAAUACUCGUUAAUAGUGCUGCUCAUUCCCUCUACAAUUCCGUCUGAUUGGGAGCGUAGAGGUGUAUGUAACUGUAAUAUUUUACAAAUGUCCUGGAAUAUGACAGACUCGAUGUUUUGGCUCUGGUCAAAAUAGAGCUCCAUUGGUACUCCGAAUCGGCUGAUUACUGAUUAGGUACUUGACGAGCUCUUUCGCUCCUUGUAGUGGCUGUUUGCUUGGGAUGGACGUAUGCAUCAACCCAUUUCGUAAAAUAGUUGAUGGCCACAUCCAUGUUCCUAUUUCUAUUAUUGGUACCUAUAACAAUUUCAUCGAAUAAGCUGCCGACAUAAUUCUGGUACAGAAAGCACGCUGCCGUAUGAUCCAGUUCACUAGAUUCUUCAGUACAAUUAGUUGAUGGCUGCUUUCAAUAACAUCAUAAAGUAAACACCAGCCUAGAUCACUCCUGAUAACCUCUUUACGUCCGUAAGGUCUCAUCGAAAUUUAUCAACCCGUUUCGAAGAUUAGCCCGUACAGACAGGCGGAAAGACCUUUAGUGUCUUAAUAGCGUAUGAGCUUAAACAAGGCAGCUGUUUCGAUAUUGUAGACAGACACUUCAAUUUUAAUAAUGAUAAUGUGGAUUUUCAGUAUUUUUUACCUUAACCCAUUCUCGUCCUAGCUGCGCUACCGAUGUGAUAGUAGUUUAUAGCAGCUUUGAAUCCCUGAUACCAUCAUCUAGUACAUAAUAGAGUACGUGGUAAAAAUUUGAAAUCAGUCCUAAGAUUUCUUUCUAGACAUACAGAAAAAUUAAAAAGCAAUUUUUUACCCUUUCGAGUUCGAGUCCCCAAAGGUCCUUUCAGGUAUCAUCAUCUACUCUAACAGAGUAUGUGGUAUCGAGAGAGAGCAGCCCAAUUAUAUAAAAGAUAUUGUGGGUAUAUCAAUGAAAAUCCAUACAAGGGCCGUCCAAGUUACAGUAGGUUGGACAUAUCCUGUUCUAAAUUUCCAGAAAUAAACAGAGCAAUUGAUAAGCAUUUCAGAAACAAAGAUUUAUUUCCAACAUACUACGACAUGGAAAAGCUGAUUAAAAAAUGUAUUGAAAGGCAUAAAUUAGAACUUUCUAAAACUGAAUUGAAUGAGGAAGUUAAAACGUGCUUUAAGAAAUUAGGAGAAUUACUUCAGGCAAGGAGGAAACGGGAUUUGGGCAGUGUUCAUUGUAGCUAUUUAGAAAAUCUAAUGGACCCAGCAAAAGACGAUCCUGAUUUAGACAAGAAAUUAAAAGAAAACGGGGAAGCUGGAGAGAAAAGGAUUAACCAAAUUUGUGAAAAGUAUGUUCAAUUACAAGAAAAAAACACCGAGUUGAAUAAAACUGACGAGUCCAACUCCGAGUCUUCAAGCACAGAAGAAAUUGUUGACUGAUUAGUAUAUUUAAUUAAUUGUAAUUGUAUUCGUCAUAAUUUCUUUUAAAUAUCUUUUAGUGUAAAUAUAGGAUUGUAAUUUAUUUGUACGUAAUGUAUUUCUAUAUUUGUGUCAAAUAAAUUUUUAUCACAAUUA